AUGGCUCCUGACUUUGAGUUGAUUCAGAAGACUUUGCUGGAAGUGUUCAAGCAUAGGGAUUUCAGAUCGACAACUCAGAGAGAUGCUGUUUUGUCUGUAAUUAAAGGUGAUGGUGAUACUUAUAUCUCCAUGCCUACGGGGGCUGGCAAGUCUUUGUGUUACCAACUUCCAGCAGUCCUGGCCAAGGGAAUAACAAUCGUUGUCUCCCCUCUGAUUGCUCUCAUGCAAGAUCAGCUCAGCCAUCUGGAAUCCCUAGGCAUCAAAGCAGACACCAUCAACUCCAGACUAUCUGCUAGCGAAAGAAAACUUGUGGUAUCAGAUCUGCUCUCCAAAAACCCUAAACUCAAACUGUUAUACAUUACUCCAGAACAGGCUGCUACAGAUAACUUCAGGGACCUCGUUAAGUCUCUUUUCUCUAGAGGCAGAUUAUCUUAUUUUGUUGUUGAUGAAGCUCACUGUGUUUCACAGUGGGGGCACGAUUUCCGACCAGACUACCUCAAAUUAGGAGAAUUUCGCCGAAGAAUUCCUGGUGUCCCAUGUGUUGCGCUGACUGCAACAGCAACAGCACAUGUGGUGACGGAUAUUUUCAAACAGCUUUGCCUAAAGGAGCCUGUAAAACAAUUUAAAACAGGUACUUUCCGCAGCAACCUCUAUUAUGAGGUGUGCCUGAAAGAUUUCCUUCCAGAUCCUUACUUGGACCUUGUCAACUUUGUGUUGAAAUGUCUGAAUGUCAGUUUAGAUGAGGAUGACGACCCAGAUUGGAAUGAAAAAGGGUGUGGCAUUGUCUACUGUCGAACAAGGGACGGAUGUGAGGAGAUUGCCAGCCAGUUGAGUAGACGGGGCAUUCCAGCGAAAGCUUAUCACGCUGGGCUAAAGGGCGAUAAAAGGGAAGAGACCCAGACUGACUGGAUGGAGGGCAGAGUUGCAGUCAUCGCAGCAACCAUUAGCUUUGGUAUGGGGGUUGAUAAAGCUAAUGUCAGAUUUGUAGCUCACUGGACGAUGCCGAAAUCUAUGGCCGGCUACUACCAGGAGUCUGGGCGGGCGGGGAGAGAUGGCUGUCCUUCCUACUGUCGUCUCUACUACUCUCAGGGAGAGAAAAACAUUGUAGCUUUCUUGAUAAACAAAGAGAACAACAGGACAAAGAAAAGUGCAGAAAUGGCAAGACUCCAGGCUAAAGCCGCUGAGGAAAGUUUUGGAGCUCUGCUAGCAUUUUGUGAAACUGCCAAGUGCCGACACUGGUCUAUAGCUUCUUUCUUUGGGGAUGAAAAGCCUCCAUGUGACCGGGCCUGUGAUGUGUGUUGUCAUCCCAAAAAAGUGCAGAUGGACCUGCUGAACAUGCAGAAGGGAUUGUUUAACACAAAGAUGAAGUCAGGACUUCGAGGGACAAUGAUGGUAGUAGAUGAUGAGGAUGAUGGCGAUAUGUAUGGAGGAGGCCGGAGGGGAGCCAAAAGGGAGACAGAUGACUAUGAUCUAGGUGGUGCUGGUGGCGGUGGUGGGGGUAGCAGCGAUGAGGGUGAAUAUCACAAAGAGAGGCAGGAGGCCACCAGAGAGAAGAAGGAAAGAUCUAGUCUCAUCAUGAAUGAAUUCAAGAAACGGAAAGGGGCUCAGAAACCUACGGCCAACAAGGAGGAAGAUGAAGUGGAGCAGCCAUCUCCUUUCUGUCCUUUAAGAGAUGCAAGCAGUCAGAGAAUACCCAAACUGGCAAUUAAAACGAGAGAGCACUGCCUUGAGAUGAUUGAAAAGUCACUUUAUGAGAACUUUGUAGCAGCCUUCGCAGAAGACAGCCGGCGAAUCGCAGGUAGAGAUUAUGAACCUCGUACAUGUGCCAUCAACAUGGAGUACCACACCUUCACAUCCAACAAAUUGGCACCCAUGUAUAAAUCCAGCAUCAUGAAAAUAGUAUCUGAAAUUCGAAAGCUCUCCCACAGCAAAUCUGCACAUUCGUGUUUCCGUAAGACUGAUGAGUCAACUGACAUUGCCAGGAGUGCUAAUCCUGAGGAUGUGACACAGCAUCAGAAAUCCAAUGCUGCGGUAACAAACUUUAGCGGUUUUCAGAGAGCCAGCCAGCUCGUCACGCCGCAGACAGGAUCUGUUGCCAGUUCUGUUGAUGAUGUCUCAGAAGCACCCUCAACUUCAUCACCUCAUCGUACAAAACCAGAUGAUGCGACCUCAUCUGCUGCAUCCUCUGGUUUCCAGACAGCUAACACGCUAUUGAAGCUUCGUCAGAAGAGUUCAAAUCAGGACAGUGUUUCAUUGAAACCUUCGAGUAUUAAAGACAGCAUGCAUAAUUCUGAACAUUCUUCAAAGUCAAAGCAUAUGAAUUCAACAGGAGGAGGCUAUGUCUCUUUAACUGUUAAGGUGGAUGGUGGCAGUAAUAAGAAGAAUUCAAGCAAAAAUUCAGCCGAGAACCUCAAUAUGAAAUGUUCUUCAAAGGAUGUAACUCUUGCUGAUAAAAAAUCGGAGAAACAGAGUUGUUCUCUGCUAAUUGACUUAACUAAUGAAGAUGAUGAGGAUUUAGUUGUGGACCUAACUGAUGACAGCUGUGAUAUUAAACCUUAUCCAAACAGGUCACCCAGAAGAAGUGGCCCUAGUGAGGCAUCAACCGGCCAGAAAGCUAAAUCAACAAUAAAAUAUUUUUUUGAGCAGCAGGAAAGUAAAUCCAGGACUGGAGAGCAGCAGACGUCCAGCAAGAUAACAGCUGCUUCAAGUGGCUCAGUAAAAGAGAAAGCAGCAAAACUGGAGGCAACGCAAGUCCUUAAGGCUUCAGCUCAGGAGCAGAGUAAAGUAAACAAUGGACUAACUGGCAUCAAGGCAAAUGUGGCUGUAGAGCAAAGUCAGAAAGUUCAGCCAGACACCAUGAAGCGGAAAAUAUCGCAAGAGAGACUGGACAUGCUGCACACGCUAGACUCCUACCUCCCCAAGAAACCCAGACAUGGCAGUGACAGUGGCAUCAGCAGUGACAACAGUUGUGUCAGUGCAUCCAGCACUGCUGCACCAAGCUUUGAUAAGGACGAUGUUAGAAUGAGAGAGAAUCAGGAGAUGAAACAUAUUGCAGGCACUGUGGUGAAAUACCUGACACCAUAUUACAAAGCUGGAUACUUCACUAGCAAGGAGUUGUUCAAGGCUAAGGCUAAGGUUAUCACACAGGAGGUUCACGCUGCCACUAAAGGACUUCCUACCUCAGGCAAGGAGGAAGCCAAACGUUUGAUCCGUGAGCACAUGGAGCAUGACAAGCAAGCCAACAGUGAGCGCAGCUGA